CGCAGAGCAGAGUAUGGGGGAGAGCACUCGCUCUCGUGCGUGCGUGAUCUAAUGCUGCUCGCCGUCGGCAAAACUUUCAAGGAGAGGGGGAAAAAGAAUAGAGACGGCGGUUGACGGCCAUCCAUGGCAAACUGGCAAUGCCCGCAGCCCUCACUGCACCUAAUUUCUGUAGAGAUCUCCAUUGAACUCCAGCUCUAAUUUCUUCAUAUUUAGCUCCUCCUAUCCUGAUCCUGGAUAAAAGUUUUCUAUGUCUUUUAUGUGAAAUAAAUCGAUUCCUGUAAAAAUUUCUAUAUGAUUCAUGUAAAAUUCAGGCUAAAACCCUACUCUACGCCUCUACCUGUUGCGCUGCCAUUGGCGACAGAGGGAGGCGUCAAACAAGACUCCUUUUUUUUUUAAACUUUGUUGUUAAAGCUUGUUUCGGAGUGAGUUCCGUCUUCUCCUUCUUCUUGUUCCCUUCCACGGUUCCACCCCCGCACGACCGCACCACUCCACCACCACCCUCUCCUCCUCCCUUCGCCUCGGUGUGGGGCCCGACUCCCGAGCCAGCAUUCCGUCAACGCCGCUCCGUCCCGCUCGACUCGACCACUCAAACCUUCUGGUGGGGCGCUCCUUCGGAGCGAGGGGAAGGAGCUCAUGAAAGCCAAGCGAGGAGGUCCAUGACGACCGGAGGCCGCCGAUGGAAUGGCAGAUCCCGUCGACAUCGACAAGGCACUUGUUGCUCUAAAGAAAGGCACUCAACUCCUUAAAUAUGGUCGCAAAGGAAAGCCUAAAUUCAUUCCCUUCAGACUAUCGAAUGAUGAAUCGACUCUUGUUUGGGUUUCAAAUAACAAAGAUAAAAGUUUGAAACUAGCUUCUGUGUCUAGGAUUCUCUCAGGCCAAAGAACGCUGGUUUUUCAACGUUUUCUGCUCCCCGAGAAGGACCAUUUAUCCUUCUCCCUCAUAUAUAAUGAUGGCAAGCGGUCUCUCGAUCUGAUCUGCAAGAAUAAAGUCGAGGCGGAGGCUUGGUUUACUGGUCUUAGUGCCUUGAUAUGUCGAGGACAGCAUGGAUCCCAGGUCCAACAUAUAGAUGGAAUCCGGAUCGCUGGACUUCCUUUUGAUGGUGCAAGAGAAAGUAGCCUAAGUGGUAGCUCUACUUUCACUUCGGAUUCCUUUGAGAAUAAGCUGAGCUCGGUAAACUCUUCCAAGGAUCGUUCUUCGGGAGAAUAUACAUAUUCAGAAAGGACUGAUGUGUCGGAUAUGCAAGUGAAAAGUGUUUCUUCUUCAGACAUUCGAAUCAGUGUUUCCAGUGCCCUUAGCACAUCCAGCCAUGGCUCUGGAGGUGAAGAUUCCGAAUCGUUUGGAGAUAUUUAUGUAUGGGGGGAAGUCAUCUGUGAUACCAUCUCAAGAUCAGGGUCUGAUAGAAGUGCUUACUCUCCUGGCACAACUACAGAUGUUCUUGUACCAAAGCCCCUAGAGUCAAAUGUAAUGCUCGAUGUGAGUUAUGUGGCUUGUGGCGUGAAACACGCUGCCCUUGUUACAAGACAGGCAGAGGUAUUUACGUGGGGAGAAGAAUGCAGCGGUCGUCUCGGUCAUGGCAUUGGAACAAAUGUUUUCCAGCCACGUCUUGUUGAGUCACUAUCGACCUGCAAUGUCGAACUAAUUGCCUGUGGUGAAUUCCACACUUGCGCUGUCACUGCAACUGGUGAUCUCUACACCUGGGGAGAUGGCACACAUAAUGCUGGAUUGCUUGGUCAUGGUAGUAACGUGAGCCACUGGAUCCCAAAAAGAGUGUCAGGUCCACUGGAUGGUCUUCCGGUAUCAGCUGUAUCUUGCGGCACAUGGCAUACAGCCUUGAUAACUAGCUCUGGGCAGUUAUACACAUUUGGUGAUGGCACAUUUGGAGUCUUAGGUCAUGGAAACAGAGCAUCAUGCUCAUAUCCAAAGGAAGUGGAGUCUUUGAAGGGUCUGAGGACAAUUUCUGUUUCGUGUGGUGUGUGGCAUACUGCUGCUGUUGUUGAGGUUAUCAUUUCACAGUCAAAUGCUUCAUCUGGAAAGUUGUUCACUUGGGGUGAUGGAGACAAAUAUCGCCUGGGUCAUGGUGAUAGGUCUUCAAAACUGAAACCAACAUGCGUCCCCUCGUUGAUAGAUUACAACUUCCAUAAGGCUGCAUGUGGCCAUACUCUUACGAUUGGGUUGACUACCUCAGGGCACAUUUUUACUGUUGGAAGCCCUGUGUAUGGACAGCUUGGCAAUCCAAAUAAUGAUGGAAGGUAUCCUCGCCUGGUCGAAGAGCAGCUUGGGGGUGGCGGUGUUGUGGAGGUUGCUUGUGGGUCUUAUCAUGUCGCGGUUUUGACAAAUGCUGGUGAAGUUUACACAUGGGGUAAGGGUACAAAUGGAAGAUUAGGCCAUGGUGAUAUUGCGGAUCGUAAAGUGCCUACACUCGUUGAGGCAUUGAAGGAUAGGUCUGUAAAACGUGUUGCUUGUGGAUCAAGCUUUACAGCAGCCAUCUGUCAGCACAAAUGGGUGUCUGGGAUGGAGCAGUCUCAGUGCUCGGCAUGCAGGCAGCCAUUUGGUUUCACUCGAAAAAGGCACAACUGUUACAAUUGUGGUUUAGUACACUGCCAUUCGUGCAGUUCAAAGAAGGCUCUGAGAGCAGCAUUGUCUCCAAACCCGGGUAAGCCAUACCGUGUCUGUGAUUCAUGUUACGUGAAGCUAAGUAAAGUUUUGGAUUCUGGUGUUAGUUAUAGCAGAAAUACUAUCCCCCGCUUACCUGGUGAUACAAAGGCCGAGAGAAUAGACACAAAGGCAACCAGAGUUGCACAGUCUAAUAGUUCAGAUAUGAUUAGGAAUUUGGAUGUGAAGGCAGCCAAGCAGACGAAGAAGUCUGAGUAUUCGUCGCAAGUUCCAGCGACGUUGCAGCUGAAAGACAUCCCUUUCAUCAGCGCACCUGACCUGCAGAACCUGUCUACAGUGGCUAAUCAGUACCCUUAUGACCCCAGAUCUACUUUACCAUCCUUGAGAAUGCCAUAUCUGAACUACUCCAGCUCCAUGUCCUCGGAAAGCUCCGAGAGUCUUAAGGAUGCAAAUGAACUCCUGAAGCAAGAGGUUCAAAAACUACAAGCGGAGGUUAAUAGUUUGAGACAGGAACGUGAACAGCAAGAUGCUGAGCUGCAGAAAGCAGAUGCUAAAGCCCGUGAAGCGAUGAACCUUGCCACCGAGGAAGCAUCCAAACUGAAGACAGCGAAGGAUGUCAUAAAUUCACUAACAGCCCAGCUAAAAGAAAUGUCUGAAAGGCUUCCUCCUGGAGCAUGUGACGUGAAGAACAAUGGACGCGUUAUGGGCGAUUUAGCGCCCGAAAUGGGGAGAGAGAAGCAGAUGCGAUAUGGUGAUCGGUUCAGUGGAUUGCCUGCUCAAGUUUACCAAACAAGCAACUACAGUGAAACAGCCAUGGUUCCUCCACAAGGGAGCAGCAGGAGCGAGCACGUCGACGGUGUCCGAGAGUUCUUCUCCCCUGUGCAGCAGAUGGCCAAUGGAGGAGGGUCUACGACUAUUGGGUAUCGUUACAGGUCAGAUGACCACGACCGAAGGGAGACAGACAGGUUCCAGAUAAAUCUGCAGAGCUUGAAUACGAGAAGCUCUAAUUCUCCCAGUAACCAAGUCGACGCGGAGUGGAUAGAACAGUAUGAGCCAGGAGUGUACCUGACUCUAGUUUCUCUUCGUGAUGGAACCAAAGAGCUGAAACGCGUACGGUUCAGCCGAAGGAGAUUUGGUGAACACCAAGCAGAAUCAUGGUGGAAAGACAACUGUGAGAAAGUGUACGACAAGUACAAUGUCUGCGGAACAGAUCGUCUCUCUUCGGUAACGACAGCCUAGCGUAGGCCCUGCAUGCAUGACAUCCAAAAAGGAGGGCAAAGCCAGUGCGCCUGUAGCAUCGUUGUGCCCUCUUUCUUUCUCUCCAUCAUUUGAAGAGCGGGAGGCAUCCAGCUUGGUUUUGGAACGUGCGCUGCUUAAUCGACUUGUUUAUCUUUUUCUGUCACCUGCUUGGAUUCCCCUCUCUCUCGUUGUCGUUGUAUAGAGGAGAUGAUGGAACCAAAGCAGUUGUUGCUCCUUUGACUGAGAUAUACUAUAUACACGUAGCUGGGCGUAAAUCGUAAUGCAAGCCCCGUUAUCGUCGCCUUGUGAUGUAUCUCUUCUGUCAGUCGUCAUGCAUACUCUGUCUGUAACACCUGGUACACUCUCGUAUUGAUGGUACAUAUUUCUGACAGUCCUUUUUAAAA